CAGUGACUGCAGACCAUCAAUUAGUGUGUGUUGCGUCAUACGGAUAGCAGUGUACCAACCAUGCCUUGGUUUUGGGGUCGCUCCCGGGACAACGACGAAGAAGAGUCGUACGAAUCCUACACGGACGAAGAAUACGAAGCGGAGGACGAUCAUGAGGACCACCCGUCGUUGACGUUGGAGGAUAAGGACGCCGAGACCGGCAGCGGGGUUCUGGUGGAGAAUCUGCCCGACACUGACAACCACACCGACAAAAAGACUGGGGACGAAUCCCACGUUUCCGAAGACCUCUCCGUUCCGCAGCAACCACGCGAGACUCCGGAAGAUUCCGAAUUGGGCGAAGACGAAGAUUCGCGAGAAGACACAACACGCCGUGACGAAGAAGACUGGGUGCCGGAACGCAUUCACGUAGUGGAUCCAUCCAACUCCGGAACCGGAAAUAGACACCGAUUGCCCAGUGCCUUGACCGUCGGCGAUGAAGACGAGGAGGACGAGGACGAUUUUCUACCGCAUCCAACGGGGAAGCAAAUUGCCAGUGAUGAGGAGGAGCAAACACCGAUGGCUACAGAAAAGCAACACGAGACAGCCUCGGGAGUAUCCUCGUCGGCGCACACCGACGACAAAAACGAGGAUCAAGUCACAUCGCUUGCCGAAAAACGGUCCCUCCUCGUGUUGGCAGCCGAACACGAUCGAGUUGAUAUUAUCAACGCCAUUUUGACGAACGAGUCUAACACCAAGAACUCCUCCAGCAACGCGGCAACAGCCACGCCGCAGACACAGGACCGAGAAACUCUCCUAUCCACCGGCAUUCCUCCCCUACAUAUUGCCGUUUCUUUUGGUUCUACAUCCGCUGUCAACUGUUUGCUGCGAAUGGGCGCUGAUCCUUCUAUUCGACCAAACGUUGCCGCUAUACAACAGGAAGCCGCGAACCACGUUAGCGAAACGGAAAACCACGGAAUCUCGAAAAAUACCGCGGUGGAUAUACCGAAUAUGGGACGUUUCGAUGGAAUUUCCGCGUGGGAAUUAGCCUUUGGCAAUGGCCUAGAGGAGAAUUCCCAAUCCAUGUCGAGCGGUUGGAGUGUUUUUGGCAGCCCCACUUCCACGGGUGCAGCGGCGACGGAUAUCGGAAACAUACCAGAACGCAGCAAUACCGGUGCUGCAUCAUCGCCUUUGCGUCCCAAGCCAAUCCGACCAGUGGAUAUGGCACCCUCCAAGCGCGAAGCGAUUCGACAUGCCUUUACGGCCGAAGCUUUGCGUUGUAUUGGCUCAGACGAAGUUGCUCGACUGCAGCAGCUGGUAGAUGCCGGCAUGCCGGCAGACAUUGAUAUCGGCGGCAAGGAUCUGUACAAUUGGUCCGUCGAAAUGGGUGCACCCGCCUGUGAAGAAUUACUGCGACCCGUCGAGGCCGCGCGGCACGGUACCGACGCCAAUUUAGAGACCGCCGACGCAGCAGCAUCCAAACUGGUCACCAAAUCCGCCGUUUUGGAUCGUCCCCACACGGACCAGGCCGAGUCUGUUCCGCAACUACUCAAUCGUCUCGACGAACUCGCUUCCUUGGCGAAGGCCCUGUCCACGUGUUUGGACAAUAUGGCCGAAGAAGUAUCCGUAUGUCAUGGACUUUUGCUCAUGGGCGGAGGAGCGUCAGCUUUGGCCUCACAUGUGCGUUCGCUGAAAGCUACGCAGGAAGGGAAACUGGCCGAGCUGGAGCGCAUGCAAGAAGUGUGGGAGAAUGGUGAAGAUGAGUUGGCCUACUGGGUUCGGGAAGCCGGCUCGGAAGGCGAGGCGAUUGCUUCGCAAUGGCUGCUAAUACCGGAAUCCCCAACAAAGUCCCGACUCCCAGGUGUUGAUUGCAACGCGAACGAGUCCUUGGAAGCGCAGAGACGACAACUACAGGCUCAGAUUGGGGCCAGCGAAAGCCAAAUCCGCAAACUACGUGUCGCAAUUGCGGAUUUGUCGGAAGAAAACGCGCGGAAUUUGGAAGAAGUCGAGGCCCGGGGUUUGACGGGCGGUAUUUCGCUGGUACGGAACAUUCGGGACGAGAUUCGCGAGAUUGAAUUCGCACUGUUUGAAGCCAAGAAUGGCGAAGCGACCUGUCGGACCAAGACGAGUCUGAUCAUUUCUAAAGUGCAAACGAGUAAAAAUCCGGGAGCGCUAUCGCUUUCGAACCAGGAGACGAGUGGCGAGUCCACCGCCGAAAAACCUCCGCGUAAGGUGAAGGGCCUUGAAGAGGGUCAAUGUCGAGAGAUGGCGGAUCCAAUAGUGGGAUUUCGCGCAACUAGUCUCGCAAAGCAAAAAACGCCAGAAUCCGAAAAGAUUGCGACGGGACAAUCAAGGGCCUUGGCUGUCCGAGGAGAUGGCGAUCGCGGGUUCUUUCCUCUAAGUCUCUGGCAGAUUUUGUUGCGCAUCAUAGGGAUUCGUGAGUCGAGCAACUCCUCCAGGACAACGCGAAGAAGCAAGACGAAUAGUGACAACAAUAUGUCGCAACCGGCGUUGAUUGUUUGA